CAGGUUUUGUUGGUUCCAAAUCCAAAAAGAAAAGAAGGGAAAACCCAACCCAAGCAACCGGGUCGGGGCGUCAGUUUUCGUCCAGGUAUUCAGCUCAAGUAUGAAGUGUCACUCUUUGUCGAGUCAGAAGCGCUUUUAAGUCGGAAAGGAGUGAAGAGCAGAAGACUCUGUGAGCCCCUGAGAAACCCGCCUUGGUGAACUUUUGUCUUCUUCCGUCCACCGGCGUUAAACAAUUUUUUGGACUCGGCCUGACGGAGACCCGCCGCUGCCGUUUCCGAAACGGUUCAACGUUUCCAUGUUUCCCGGGUAACAAAUUCAGUUCCUUUCCAUCUAUCUCUGCGCUUCCGUUUUCGACUUUCCACCUACAUUUCCAGACCCAAAGCCCUAACUCUAAAACGACGCCGUUCCCCCCUUCUAGCUUCUCCACCGGCUGCGAAUUUACCCUCACAGGCAAGAUUUCAGAUUGUAGAAACAAUAUAAUUUAGAUGGAGGGCAAGGAAAAACUGGGCAAAGAUCCGCAGAACGGUUCUGAUGCUAAGGAGGAACCUACUGGGCCCAAGGAGGAGCAGCCACCUCAAACAGAAAAUGAUGCAGACAGUAAUCCAGGUGAUGACCAAAUUAUGAGGGACGCAUUUCAGGAUCACAUGGCUAUUGAUGAGCUAAAGGUUGGUGAUGUUAAAGCUAAUGAUCCUCUGCUUACUGAGGUGCGCAUAGGAAGAAAGGGCAAUGGCAGUAGUGCCAGAGUCGCAAACAAGCUCAAAACUGUAGAUAAACAUGUGGGGGAGUCAAAGAGUUGGUUGUCUGAUUCCGAGGGUGAGGAAUCGGAAGAUGGGACACCGUUGCAGCAAGCAGCUUUUAUGAGGGAGCUGGAGAGUUUCUAUAAGGAGAGGUCUUUGGAAUUUAAGGCCCCUAAGUUUUAUGGAGAACCACUAAAUUGCCUCAAGUUAUGGAGAGCUGUCGUUAGAGCUGGUGGUUACGAUGUGGUGACUUCAUCAAAGUUAUGGCGGCAAGUAGGAGAGUCCUUUCAUCCCCCCAAGACGUGCACAACAGUAUCUUGGACGUUUCGCAUCUUUUAUGAGAAGGCACUUUUGGAAUAUGAAAAGCAUAAGAGGCAAACUGGGGAGAUUCAGACAGCCAUUGGAUCGCUCACUCAGUGUACAACUGCUGUGAAGGAGGCAAGUAGUCAUCAAGCACCUGGAUCAGGUAGGGCACGGAGGGAUGCUGCAGCGCGUGCUAUGCAGGGUUGGCAUGCACAGCGUCUUGUUGGAUAUGGUGAGAUUGCUGAGCCUAUUGUUAAGGACAAGAACUUAAGUACUACGCCAAAGCGUGAAAAGAAUCUUAAAAGCAUUGGUUCUAUUAAACACAAAACACCAACCAGCCUGGAUCAUGCUGAGAAAACUGCAAUCGUUGAGGCAGAUAAGCAGGUAGUCACGAAUAUUGUGGAUCUUGGACCGCCAGCAGAUUGGGUGAAGAUCAGUGUACGAGAAACUAAAGAUUGCUUUGAGGUAUAUGCUUUGGUACCAGGUCUUCUGCGUGAGGAGGUGCGAGUACAAUCAGAUCCUGCUGGACGUCUGGUUAUAACAGGUCAGCCAGAGCAGCCUGACAACCCUUGGGGCAUUACACCAUUUAAAAAGGUUGUGAGCUUACCUGGAAGGAUUGAUCCAAUACAGACAUCAGCUGUGGUUAGCCUACAUGGCCGGUUAUUCGUGCGUGUUCCUUUUGAACAGGGAUCAUUUUGAAAAGGGACCGCGUUGGAAAAUUCCUCUCAUGGGUCUAUUGAUCAAUUUUGAAGGAUAGGAAUGACAAUUUUUCCUUCGGGGAGAAAUUUAGGAUGUAUGUUAAAAUUAACCGAGCUAAUGUAAUAGCGCAUGAUCAGUAAUUCAUUUAACAUAAUGUACCGACUUUAAUGCAAGUUAUGGCUAUUUUAGUC